AUGAGUCGCAAGCCGCUAUCAGUUGUCGUUAUCGGCGUCGGCCAGAUGGGAACCAGCCAUCUCCUCGCAUAUCAUCACAACGCCAUGUACAAGGUCAUUGGCAUCGUAUCAAGGAGCGCUAUUCAACUACCAACCGAAUUGAAAGAAUACGAGAACCUCGCUCUUCCGAACAUCAAUGCAGCUCUGUCGCUUAAGCCAGAUGUGGUCUCAAUAAACACCCAUUCUGAUACUCAUGCUGAGUAUGCGGUGGCUUCAAUGGAAGCAGGUGCUCAUGUGUUUGUUGAGAAACCUCUAGCAACGUCUGUUGCAGAUGCAAAACGAGUUGUAGACACAGCCAAACGAACCGGGAAAAAGCUUGUCAUUGGUUACAUCCUCCGUCAUCAUCCGAGUUGGGUCGAAUUUAUUCGACAGGCUAGGCAACUUGGGCCACCUUUUGUUAUGCGCAUGAAUCUCAACCAACGUUCGGAAGGAAAUGCCUGGAACAUUCACAAGCGCAUCCUGGAAACGACUAGCCCUGUAGUGGAUUGUGGAGUGCAUUACAUUGAUGUGAUGCUGCAAAUCACGGACAGCCGGCCCGUUCAAGUUAGAGGCAUGGGGGUUAGGCUCAGUGACGAGAUUGACAGGGAUCAAGUUAAUUAUGGCCAUUUACAGAUUACAUUUGAGGAUGGAUCCGUGGGUUGGUAUGAAGCCGGCUGGGGCCCAAUGAUAUCUACAACGGCCUUUUUCAUCAAAGAUGUCAUGGGACCUAGAGGUGCUGUAUCAAUUGUCAUGGAUAGCAAUGCUGAUUCUUCGGACGUGAACGCGCACACCAAGACAGCAAAUAUCAAGGUCGCCCCGGUUAAUGAGAAGGGUACGGUAAUCUCCAUGAAGGGUGAACCGGGCCAUGAUGAGCUCUGCGCACUAGAGCAGGAGUAUCUGCUAGAGUCUAUUCUGGAAGACCGAGACUUAUCCAAACACAUGGAUGAUGCUGUUCAGUCCCUUGCAGUUGUGCUAGCAGCGGAUAAGUCAAUGAAGGAAAAUAGAGCGAUUGAUCUCUAG